GCAACGUGCACGCGCACCUGUUUUAGGCGCAUUACGGUAGAGUCAAUUGUCCUCCAAACACAUCACCGCCACUGCGCGCGAGCCGGAGUAAUCCUACACUGAUUUCUCCACGAAAGAGAAAGAGUGAGCGAGGUGCGGGACAAGGGGGAUGCCAACGAGGGCGAAGCGUUGCUGAGACUUGAGAGAGAGAAAGAAAGUGACAGAGAAGAAAAAAAGGGAGGAAAAAAGGACGGAGAGGAGGAAAAAAAACGAGGAAGAAGCUCCGGAGCGGCGUGCUCGUUUUCGCUUUCACGAACUUUUCCCGAGCGGUGACCAUGAGCCAGUGUGCGGCGGGGUUAUUGUUUCUACUUAUCGUCCGGUCCGCCUGAGGAAGCUAAUAAAAGCAAAGCCAAACAAAAAGAGGAAGGACUAAUAAAGACUAUUCAAGUCAUUUGAAAGUAAUGAUUCCGCGAUAUUGAUCACAGAGCGCAGUUGGGGUUGUUUUUUUGUUUUUGUUUUUUUUUUUUUUUUUGGUUUUGUUUGUCGCAUCUUCCUGCGGUGUGAGAGAGAGAGAUAGAGAGAGAGAGAAAGAGAGCGGCUUUUGGAAUCACCGGGACCUUUCAGCCAACCUGGGAGCGAGAACAUCCACAUGGUCGAGCGCGCGCCGUGAAAGUUCACUUCUGACGAGUUUGCCAACAGGUGCCACGUGAUGAUGGUAGAAUCAGCAACUGAGACCAUUCGAACAGCGUCCUCCAACCAGAACGGAGUCAGCAGCCUAACCAGCCAGUCGGAGGGCGGAGGGAGAGAGGGCGGAUCCAACGGUGAUGCCAAUGGGGAGAUCAGCCCCGUGGAUUUACUGCACCUUCAACAGCAGCAGGCUCUCCAGGCAGCACGCCAGUUCCUUCUUCAGCAGGCCACAGGACUCACCUCACCCAGCAGUAACGAGGUCAAACAGAGCCCUGUACAGGUGCCCGUGUCCAUGGCAAUGAUGACCCCACAGAUGAUCACUCCUCAGCAGAUGCAGCAGAUUCUUUCACCUCCACAGCUGCAGGCACUGCUCCAGCAGCAGCAGGCUCUCAUGCUGCAACAGUUGCAGGAGUACUAUAAGAAACAGCAGGAACAGCUGCAUCUCCAGCUUCUCAGCCAACAGCAGCAAGCAGGGAAGCAGGCCAAAGAGCAGCAGCAGUUGGGCAGCAAACAGCUGGCGUUCCAGCAGCAGCUGAUCCAGAUGCAGCAGCUGCAGCAGCAGCACAUUCUCAACCUUCAGAGGCAAGGCCUUGUCGGAAUACAACCUGGUCAAGUCCCCAUCCAGAGCCUGCAGCAAGCCAUGUGUCCCACGGACCUGCAGCAGCUGUGGAAGGAUGUGGCGAGCGUGCAGAACGCAGAUGAGCCCAUCAAGCACGAAGGGCUCGACCUGAGCACCAACAGCUCCAACACUACCUCAUACACGGCCUCCAAAGUCUCACCUCAGAUCCCCCAUCAUCCAUUGUCAAAUGGACAGAACUCCAUGCACACUCCAAAGAGAGACAGAGCAAGACUUUUUGAGUGGAUCUCGUCCUUCACCAAGGGGGAGCCCAGUGACGAGCAUCUCACCCCUUAUCCCAAAGGCACUCCUCUACAGAGUACCCAGUCGUCCCAUGAGGAACACACAGCUUCACACCCACUGUACGGCCAUGGAGAGUGUAAGUGGCCCGGCUGCGAGGCGCUCUGUGAAGACAUGGGCCAGUUCAUUAAGCACCUCAACAGCGAGCAUGCCUUGGAUGACCGUAGUACAGCCCAGUGUCGGGUGCAGAUGCAGGUCGUUCAGCAGUUGGAGAUACAGCUGGCCAAGGAAAGCGAGCGACUGCAGGCCAUGAUGACCCACCUGCACAUGCGUCCAUCAGAGCCAAAGCCUUUCAACCAACCGCUGAACUUGGCGUCGAGCGCCUCUCUGUUGAAGCGGGACAGCGAGCCUUUUCCCGAGGGCUUACCGCACCCUCCCACUUCAGCAGCAGCCCCCAUCACCCCCCUGAGGCAGGGCCCGUCCGUCAUCAGCUCCUCCAGCCUACACGGUGUCGGUCCCAUCCGCCGGCGCAAUUCCGACAAAUACUGCACCCCCAUCGCAUCUGAGCUCGCCCAGAAUUGUGAAUUCUACAAAAACGCUGACGUCAGACCUCCGUUCACAUACGCUUCUCUGAUACGGCAUGCUAUUCUUGAGUCCCCUGAGCGACAGUUGACUCUCAAUGAGAUCUACAACUGGUUCACACGAAUGUUCGCCUAUUUCAGGAGAAAUACAGCAACCUGGAAGAAUGCCGUGCGCCAUAACCUGAGCCUCCACAAAUGCUUUGUGCGAGUGGAGAACGUCAAGGGGGCCGUUUGGACUGUGGACGAAGUGGAAUACCAAAAGAGGAGACCACCAAAGAUGACCGGAAGUCCCACUCUGGUGAAGAACAUGAUCUCUGGAUUGGGCUUCGGUUCCUUGAAUGCCAGCUACCAGGCGGCGCUGGCAGAGACCAAUAUGAGCCUCCUGAACAGCCCCACGCUGAUAAACAGCACAGGAGCCAGCCUGAACAUGCUGCACGUGGGUCAUGAUGAUGUGAGCAGCACUGUGGAACAGGUGAACAGCAACGGCAGCUGCAGCCCCGGCCUGUCUCCACAACAAUACGGACACCAGAUCCACGUGAAGGAGGAACCUGCAGAGCUUGAGGAGGACAGCCGGCCCGUGUCCCUCAUUGCGUCUGUCACUCAGAACCUGAGCAUGCCCAGUGACGAGCGCGACAUGGAGGAGGAGCUUCCCACAGAGGAGCUGGAGUAAAGGUGGGCGGGGUUUGCGGUUCCCGCCUUUCCUUAUCAUAACCACAAAGAGGAAAAACAAAGAGAGAUGAUAUGGAACAACCCCGACAUCAAGAAAACAAAACAGGGUGUACCCCUCAUCAGUCCAUCGUGCAUUUUAAUUUUUUUUCCCUCUUUUAGCUGUUUUUUUUUCCUCUCUCUCUACUUUUCGUCAGUCGAUCUCUUCAGUAAGAAAAUGUUUUAAAGUCCCAGAGACAAGUUUUAAGUCACUUGUGUAUUUGAGACUGGUGCAGCCGGUUUGUAUUUUGUGCUCGGAAUAGUCCGUCUCAGACUGACGGACAGACGCGCCACCAGUCCCCCAAAGAGUCUCGCUCUGCUCCUCCCGUCUUAUCAGCUUUACUUUAUUUUUACAAUUUUUUCUUUUUUUUUGCCUGGCCUGAGAACUGCUUUGGGAUAAAACUGCAGCUGUGGUUUACCUCGGAAUGACGUUCACACAUCCAACAAAGGAGAACACAAACUAAACCAUUAAAGAAAGAACUUCAGCCUGGUUCUAUCCUGGACUUUUCGGUUCUGUCAGGGGUCUCAUGCCUCUUUACAGAACAACAAAAAAAAAAACGGGAUCAAAACAUGACCAGAGCAACUGUCUUACCCUGACCUUUGACCUUAAGAUUACUGAACUCUUGGGGAAAAAAAAAGAGGGUCAGAGUUUUCCAGUCUUGGAGCAGUGUUAACAUUUCGUGAUCGCUAACUGGCUCGCUCUGUCUUCGUCUGAUAUCUGAUGGCGAGAAACCAAACAGCUCUCCCUCUGUCUCUUUCUCUUACUCUUUCUGCUUUAAGGGGGGAAAAAAAAUGGUUUCCACCCCCAAACAAAAAAGUCAUCUUUUUCAGGACCAACUGGUGUGUCAGCACUGGCAGCCACGAUGAAGCGUCAGAGCUCAGAGACAUGACUCUUAACACGACUCUUCGAUUCAAACGUGUGUGACGUAGCUUUCCGAUGCUCUCGAAAAACGUUCAUUUCACUCAUUAUCUCACAGUCAGCGACUUCUACAGGAUCAGUCUUUCACAUUGUGGUGUACUUUAGUUCUGCAUUAUGUAGGUUGGUAUUUUUGUUGUUGUUAUUUUAUUUGAUUUGAUUUUUUUGAAACUGAAGAAUUAUCAUCAUUCCAAAUGGAGAGGAUAUGAGAUCAGUAAUUCUUCUUUUACCCAAAAGAUUAUUGAGGAGAGCUCACGUCCCAGCAAACUAGCGACGGAAAACAAGAACCAGAAAAAAAUGAUGAAAUGACGAUUUUAAUACCAGGGCUCGAUCAGAGAGCGGUUCGAAUGUACAAGUUCCCUGAAAGAUCCCUUACAGGCACUCUCUCUUUUUUUUUCUCUUUUUCUUCUUCCUUUUUUUUGUCAUUGCAUUUCAGAAAUUCCUCUUGAAAUUCAGCUGUGAUACAAAGCGUUGUUUUAAAGAGAUGAUAUUGCCGGUCACAGAAUACCUCAACCCACGGUAUUCCCUCGCCUCGUCUGAGGGAUUCUUACUGUGGCUCAGAUCUCUACGUCAUCUAGAUAUAAACACAAAUGCUUAUCGAAAUGUCUGGUCAGCAUGUGAGAUUUUCCAAAUGUUAGCAUAAACACAUAAAACAUAAACAUUCAUAGCAGUGGCAUGCCAAAUUCAAGGUUUUAUUAUUUUUAUUUUAUUUUUUUUCUUCUCCUCCCAAUUUAUUUUCGUUACAGGUUACCAAAGAGAUUUGUAGUAAACCAAAUACCCUCCAUUUUUAAAAAAAAAUAAUUCUUGUCUUUUCUUUUCUUCCUUCUUGAAGAAACUGUCCAAAAAAAACAGUUAUUCCUUAAAUUAUUUUGCCGUUGUUUUAUUUGAUUUUUUAUUUUUUUUUUAUUUUUUAAGUUUAAGUGAUCUGUUAAAGACUAGCACAGAACAUUCCAAAAACCAAAGUGUAAGAUGUUAAAGAGAAUUUGAUGGUUUAAGAAGAAGAAGAAAACAAACAAAUACUGUUUAAAUAUAGUAUGUAAAGUGAAUGAUGUUAAUCCUAUGGGGUGUAAGGCCAAAAAGAAGCAGUUUCGUCAAGCCUCGUUCAGUUCCUUAGAUGAUAAAGCACUUAACAAACAAAAAUGUAAAAAAAAAAAAAAAGGAAAAAAAAGAAAGCUCUACCCUCUCAUGCUCAGGCAACGACAAAGUGUUAUAAACACAACCUUCAAAAAUGCCUCAAGGUCUAAAGAUAUAAAUGCUUUUACAGACAAAAGGCACUUGAAUGACAAAUGCUCAAUAUACAAAUCCUCAUUUUUCAUUAGGUAUGAUUUUAUUUUUGAACAAAACACUCGUUUUUCACCAUCCUCGCAUUGUGCCGGCUUUUCUCCGUCGAGCAUUGCUAUUUCAUCCAUUUUCGAAAGAAUUCGUCUGAGGGAUAACAGACAGGAAGAGAUCUGCUCGACAAACGAUAAACAAAAUCCGAGGGCCAGCUCCAGUGAGAAUUGCACUUCAGAAUCGUGUUUAAUCCGAGAGGAACUUUUUAAAAAUUUAUUUAUUUUUUAAAACAAUACACCCUCAUUCUUUUCCGAGGUUUGUUUAACGCACCUGCUAUAGGAAGCUAACAAAAAAAAAGAACCAAAAAUGUUGCUACCUCCUUUACAAAUAGUCCACAAAAUAAACGGCCAAUGAAAACCAUCCAUAGUUAUCAUACACACCGUCUUGUUUUUCCAUUCAUCCUUUAAAAAAAAAAUAGUUGUGAACCAAAAUAUGCUUGUGAACUAAAAGCUUGUCUGGCGAUCCUUGAUCCUGAAUUCAUUUGCAUGAAUGAAACCAAGCAAACAACACACACACACACACACACACACCAUGCUGACGAAAAAAACAAAAAGAACGUAAUGACUACCUCUCCCCUUGGAUAAAAAAAAAAAAAUGCUGAGUCUUGUUAAGUGCGAAGCAUUAAACGGACAACGUUAUUUAAAAAAAAAAGAAGGGUCUGUUCCAAAUUGCGCGUCCACCAUCUUUAAGUGAUCUAUUAGCAUAGUGUCUGUGUACAGGUCUGAGGCGAGGAGGCAUUAAUUGCGCGCUCUAAUUCUGCAUGCAUAACGAGGGACCAGGCCCUGCUUUAAGCCAAUGAGGCGGCCGGUCAUUAGAGCACGCUCAAUGGGCCAGUGUCAGAAAUGAUGAUGGGCAGAAUGCAUUAACGCGGGUCCUCUCGUUCAAACGGCCCCCCGGCUUUCCAAUUAAUGCAAAGCGUGGCUUUAUGGCGGCUUCGGGUCAGGGGGAUAAAAAAGGAGCACAGACGCCCGCACCGAGCGGCGCACUUGAGUGUAGCAGUGACUAACGACUAGUUUUGUUUUUCUUUCUUUCUUCUUUCCUUUCUUUCUCUUCAUCCUGUAAAUCACUCAAAAAGAUGAGCUGCAAAGAAGCCGGCUGGUUGUAGUAUCAGUAGUCGUAGUAGCGCUGGCGCAAAACAAACCCCAGAAUAUCCCAAAGAUAAACGUAGAGCUUAAACGUCCACGCUAAAGACGGCUACGAUGAAGCAUAGAAAACAGGAACCGUGCUGAAUCUCAGUAAUAAAGGAACUGCUGCAUUAACAAAAGAACGUCAAUCGUGCUUUAAGGUACACACCUGUAAACAAAAGUUGUUUUAUAAAGAUGUAGACUGAUGUACGUCAGUGGUAUUAGCGAUCACCAUAAUGUUUUCUUUUGUUAAUCUUGUUGUAAUGAUGUAUUAUUGUAUAUUACAGCUUGGCUUAGCUCUCAAGGGCAUUUUUCUCCCCCCACACUAUUAUUAUUAUUAUUAUUAUUAUUAUUAUUAUUAUUAUUAUUAUUUUAUUAUUUUUUUCCUUUCGUCUUUAUAUAUUUUUCUGCAUUUUUUUUUUCUUUUUAAACGUUAAUUUCCUUACAAUCUUCUAGCUAUUGUAAAACUUCCUAUACUGUAUUGCUUAUGCUGUAUGUAUUUAUCAUAUUAUGUGCUGCAGGUAUCAUUAUUUUCACUCCUGGUUUUUGUUUUUUUUUCCUUUUGUCUUCGCAAAACAUCUGGGACGAUGCUUUUUUUCUUUUUCUUUUUUUUUUUUAAGUGUAUUAUCUCAAAAAGAAAAAAAAUCUAAAUUAGGUUAAGUGGUUUAGGUAUUAAAAAAAAACAAACAAAAAAAACGAGGAAAACGAAACAAAAAAAAAAACAAAAAACACCCGUUUGUAUAUUUAUCUUAGUUAGGUCUAUUUUGAUACUUUUUUUUUUUUUUUUGGUCUCUGUAUUGCAUUUAUGCAUUUUUAAGGAAAAAAAAAAGAGAGAAAACAACAUUUACAAGAAAAAAAAAGUUUAAUUCAUUGUUGCAAUGAUACCUCAGAAGGACUUUUUUUUCCUCAAAGGACAGGACCAAAACCUCAAACAAGGAGAAAGAGGAAAAUACAAAACCUGAAGAAGAAGAAGAAAAAAAAUAUGUAGCCCUCUCUUGCUUUAAAAAAAAAAGAACUUUGAGGUGUUUGUUGGUCCUUUUUAGGUGCCAAUAGAUGUAUUUGUACAGAUUCCCUUUAAACCAAAAUCAUUCCUGUAGUUUGCAGAAAACGUCUCAAAGCUGUCGCUCACUUGGCAAUGGUGUUUUAUAUUACGAUUACGACGAGUGUGUCUUUUAUUCGUCACGUUUGGCUCAGAGCCCAGUGGACUGCGCAGCAAGGCUCUCAUUAGCUUAAUUGGCAUUAAUGGCUUAGUAAUUAAAAAUAAGCUGGUGCAUUGUCGUCGUUUUCAUGCCAUCAUUGAAUCUAUUGAUUCGUCCCCCCCCCCUUUAUUUACUUUAAAGAUGCUUUAAUUGAUCUCUAAAACAAUGGGACCAUGAUUUCUGGUUUUGUUUUUGUUUUUUUUUAUUUUAUGGUUAUUUAUGAUAUUAAUGAUCAAAUUCCUUCCUAGGCUGUGCUGAUUGGAUAGAAAUUUCCCAAAAAAAAAACAAAAAAACUUUUUUUUUUUUUUUGUGGAAUACCAAACACCAUUCCAGUGAAUCUGUGUUCGAGCAUUCCUUCCCCAAAAUCCUCUUUGUUUUAUUUUAUUAAAUAUACCAUUCUGUCUACUGUCUACCAUUCUAGCUCCAUUUCUGUGUGAUUGACAGCUUUAAUGUGACGUUAUCCAGGAAACUGAUCCUUGCCGAGGAGCUUUGCCUGACGGUAUUAAUUUUUUGUUUAUUUGUCUUUUUGUUUUUGUUUUUUUGGCCAAUCAAAUGGAUCUACCACUUUAGCUCUCGUUUCAUUUGCAUCUUAAGAAUGUGUGUACAUUUUUUUUUUUUUUUUUUGUUUUAUCAGCAGUGAUUUCUAUGUACUUCGUUUAGUAUAAAUAUCUAUUUUUUGUUUACCUUUUUAUUUGUUUGUUUGUUUUUUUUCUUUCGAAUGAAAACUUUAGGGGAAUCAACACAUGGUGGUUCUAAGAUGGUAUUGAAAAAAAAAAAAAGGAAAAAAAAAAAAAAAGAGAAAAGGCAACUAGCCAGCCACCGUUAUUGUUUUUAACCCCGGGGUGACCGUGUUUAUGCCAGUCACUGCCAUUUUUCUUCAUGCUGUAUAAAAAACAAACAAAAAUCCAACAAAAAAAAACAAAACAAAAAAAAAAAAACAACAA